CAUUCUUAGCUAUUCUCACUUUGUCUAUGGCAACAGGUGCCGCCCCAGAACAGCUCUGUAAAUACGAUAACGUUAUUCAGUAUCUGAAUAUCUCCUCUGAAAGACCACUCGCACUAUGUACAAUACCCAAGGAAAAUUGGGAAGAGCCAUUGAAAGUGGAGAUACAAUUUAUACUGAUGUCCAUCCUCUCAGUGACUGAAAAGUUACAAACUGUCACUGUCUAUUUCUUACUGACCAUGAAGUGGCAAGAUGUCUUUGUGACUUGGAAUCCUCAGGAUUUCUGUAACAUUUCCAAACUCGUUCUGCCAGUGGAUACAUUUUG